AGGACUUUGUUGUUCACGUGAUCGUGUUUUUUAUGUAACAAUUGGGUGUCUGUAAGACUAAGUCGGUUCACUAUACUGUCAAUGACCGAGGCAGCUAUAGAAAUGCAUAGACACGUAAACAGAAGAAAGCCUAAAUCCACAUAACUAAUUAGUGUAGUCUUUUGGGACGCCACAAUGUCGCUAAAACCGCAAGUAGUGGAGGCACCGGAGGAGAGGAGCGCCUUCUUCAUCGGCGCUGACCCGGACAACGUCUCGUCAGAGGAGGACCAUUAUCAACUUAUCCUGCAGAAGGCUAACGCACUAGCAUCGGAAAACUGCCUCAAAGAGGCCAUUGACUGGUUUACAGUGGCUAUGCAAUAUGGCCCAGUCCGACCAGAACAACUGAGCACUUUCGUUGACUGUGUUCUCCGCAACUUUCAGAGAAAAUCGUCCGGGUCCAACUCACUGUCUGGUCGGAGUCAGGACCUAGGGGACAGUUCUAGAGACGAGACAUUUGACUGUCCAAACUGUCAUAGCUUUCUAGGUGAACCUGUGACAAUAGCAUGUGGACAUUCGUACUGUAAAAGGUGUUUGCAACGACGACUGCUCUCAAAAUGUAAGCUGUGCAAGGAGACCGUGCGGGGAGAGGAGAAGGCGAAUGUGGUUCUGUGCGGACUUUUAGAGAAAUGGUUUCCUGACGAGCUGGGCAGGUCGAAAACGAUAUGUGAAGUGGAUAUGCUGUGCAGAAAAAAGCGAUACCAAGAAGCCGUGUCUCUAGCCACGGGUAUCAUUCAGCAUGAUUCAGAGAUGACAGCAAUAGCCCAAUUGUCUCGAGCUGAGGCAUACACGGCUCUCAAGCAAUACCGCUUGGCUUUGGAGGACACAGAAUUUUGUCCCGAGUCCAGUUGUUAUGCUGAAGCCGUGUUCAGGAAAGCUAUGGUGCUGCAUGAAAUGGGCCAAGUGGAUGAGUCCCUACAAGCCUUCCUCCAGUGCCUGGCUGUGGACGAGGACUUCCCGAGUGCAAAAAGACAAGUGGAAAAGAUCCUGUGUGACCUGCUCGCCCCUGAUGAUGAGAACGUUAAAGUUGGCCUGAGGGAAACGACACAAAACACAUCGCCUCGUUUGCGCUGCAAAACCCUUGUGGCAGACGCCCAAAAUCAAACACCAAGCCCAGUCCAAAGACAACCCCAACACCAGGCUCGAGCCUCCUCCGCACACCAUCAUCCGAAUAACCAGGAGAAACGCUGGGAAAGUCUGGAGCGGCCCAGUCUUGGCAGAGCUCAUUCGCUAAGAGUACACGGCUCUGGUUGUGGUGAAGAGGGCCUGAAGAGAGUCUGUUCUGCUCCUCAACUGGGAGACCAGGAUAAGGGGAGCCUGCUGAAGAGGAAGCUGUCAGUGUCAGACACAGAACCCUGUUUGGUGGACAGUGGAAGUAGCAAACAUAAAAAACAAGGUGUGGUGAAAGGCUCCAAACAGCAAGCUGCCAAAGCUAAAAUCUUUAGAAGGGUUCCUCCAGGCCUGCUGGAUUCUAAUGACUUAGAGUGCUCUCUCUGCAUGAGGUUGUUUUAUGAGCCUGUAACAACACCAUGUGGCCAUACGUUCUGUAAAAACUGUCUGGAGCGCUGUUUGGACCACACACCCCAGUGUCCCCUCUGCAAAGAGAGCUUAAAAGAGUAUCUAGCAUGCAGGAAGUACAAUGUGACAACCGUCUUGGACACACUGAUCAAACAGUAUUUGAGUCAGGAGUACUCAGAGAGGACUAAAACUCAUCUAGAGGAGGCAAGAGAGCUCUCAGAUCUCACGAAAAAUGUGCCUAUCUUUGUGUGUACCAUGGCUUACCCCACCGUGCCUUGCCCUUUGCAUGUCUUUGAGCCACGUUACCGCCUCAUGAUUCGCCGCUGCAUGGAAACUGGCACGCGGCAGUUUGGAAUGUGCAUAAACGAUCCCCAGAAAGGGUUUGUAGAUUAUGGCUGCAUGCUGACCAUCAGGAGUGUUCAUUUUCUCCCUGAUGGACGGUCAGUGGUGGACACCAUCGGAGGAAAACGCUUUCGAGUCCUGUCCAGAGGAAUGAAGGAUGGUUACAGUACGGCUGAUAUUGAGCACUUAGAGGAUACAAGGGUGGCGGACAGUGAUGAGCUGGAGAGUCUCCAAGAGCUGCAUGAUGAAGUGUAUGAGCAGGCCCGCGUCUGGUUCCAAAACCUCAAGAUCCGCUUCCACAACCAGAUCCUGCAGCACUUUGGACCAAUGCCUGAACGAGAAGCUGACAUCCAGGCGACUCCUAAUGGUCCAGCCUGCUGCUGGUGGCUCUUGGCUGUUCUGCCGAUUGACCCGCGGUACCAGCUCUCUGUCCUCUCCAUGAGUAGCCUCAAAGAACGCUUGGUGAAGAUCCAGCACAUCCUAACAUAUCUGCAGAGCAUCCCCAGCAACUAGAGCUUCCUCCUUUCAUCACCAACAACAUCCUUUGGACUUUGACAUAACAUUGAACUCACACUCAGUCAGCAUCUCAACAACCUGUUUUGUUUUGUAUAUCAUCUAAUCCUUUGACUUCUGUUUUGUUUUACUACAAGAGUCCUCAUUUAACGGGUUAUUUGUGUUAUGCUCACACCAAAUCAGAGCAAAGCUGAUACAUCCUUGAACUGUGGAUCAGCCAAACCAGAGAUGUGGCCAAACCACCUCAGGGAUACUUCCACUGACACACAUUGUGUAAGACUGUCAACGUUUAUUUAAAAACAAUAAGAAAGUCUGACAGCACUUAUUUACAUCUGCUCAUGUUCAUAAUGCAGUACGUUUUCAUAAUGACAUAAUGUUCCCUGAAUGACCCUGUUGAAAUGAGAGGAUCUUUUGAAGAGGACAGAGUGGGGAAUAUGUAACAAUCACCUUUGAGUGUACCUUAUUUAUAGUACUUUUGGAGCCGAGCAGGAGAGAGUAUCGACUCCUUCCUGCCUGUAAGAUGAAGAGGAGGGGCUGAGGCAAUUCUUUGGAACUAAAUCCUAAAUGCUGAAAGUCCCAAGAGUGAUAGCCAGACAUAAUUUAAAGAAACUGCUAAGAUAAACAAAACAAGUGCAACUGAAGUGUAUUGUGUGUGUUUCAAACACAAAUCAAAGUAUUAGUAGAUUCUCUUCCAACCGGUUUAGUUUUUUCAUGACUUUUCCUACAUACUAACCACACACAACUUCCAUCGCUGCCUCUGAGUAGUGGUAAAGAACCUUCCUUCUGAAAGAAUGAGACCAUUGUUGCUUCUUUCCAUCAUUUUUGCCUCUCUUGUCUUUGAAUCCCUCCUAGCAUCAGAUGAAAGGAGAGCUCAGGUUCUCCACAGUCUGAUUCUAUGCUUUACAGGCACUUUUCUUCCUCUCACCAUUAACCUUCGGAUUCACAUGCUUCCAGACUUUUUUUAUUUGUUAUGGCCCUGUGGCGAUCCUGCCAGAGUGUGAAGAAUUUACUAAGAGGUGUUAAAAAAAAUGGAGUGGUUCUGUUGUAUUGUGUGUCUCUCCUCUGAACCGAAAGAUUCAGCUCCCCAUUCAAUUAACUUAAAUUAAAUUAAGUUGUUAGUAAAAUUAUAUUCGUACAUUUUAGAAAAUGUGUUUAUAUAAUAAUUCUAAGGGGGUCUUGCAAUAUUGUGACAAAUCAAAACAAGACAAACAGCAUAUUGAGCCAAUGGGUUAGUGUUAUUCUUCAGUGGAAGCUGCUGUCUGCUUGGAGGAGAGAGGACGGUACCUGCAGUGCUUAAGUGGAGACUGCAUCUGCCUUAUACCAUUUUGCAUUGAGAUUCUAAGACCACAAUGCGUUGGCUUGGCUACCAUUCCUUUUUUGCCAUAGUAUGAAGUAUGUUUCAAUGUAUUUUUUCUCUUAGUUUGAAGCACCAUUUGUUCACAAUGUGUAUAGUACAUUCUUUGAAAAAAAGGAAAAUGGAGUUAAGAUUGUUUUAUGUAAAUCAUCUGUAAAAAGGCUUUUUGGACAGAUCUUGCUUUUUUGCUCAAAUGUUUUAAGUUAUCAAUUUGAAUAAUAAAUGCACUUCUUUUUCA